AUGCCCGCCCAACGCCCGCGCGCCUCGUUCGAGCCCAUCCCUCCGGACUUUGAUGUCCAGGCUCUUGUCGAAAACACCGAAAACUUCCAGUAUGUCGACCGAAUCUCGGUCGACAUGAUCCAGCAGCAUGGCGUGGAACAAUUCGAGAAGCUUGUUUUGCUUCACGUCGUGAUAGGUGGAAAACCGCUCGUCGUCGAUGGCUUCGAAGAUCUCUUGGAUCCAUGGACCUUCACCCCGGAAUGGCUUGCUGCGAAUUGUGGCGACAAGGUCGAGCAUGCGCGCAACCUGACCGCCAAGGAAAACAUAGACCUCACCAUUGGUCACUACCUCAAGAACAUGGGUUUGCUCACCAAUCAAUACUUCGAGAAGCCUGACAACUACAAGGACAAGAAUCGGCAGAGAAUCUAUCUCAAGGACAUUGACUGCCCACAAGUCUGGCACGAUAAGCUAAAAGACCAAAUCCCGAGCGGUCUCUUCUACUUGAACGAGAGCACUGGCGAGAUCGGCGGGCCAGGGUCUGUGGACGAACCCACCCCAAAUGCUCCGGGGGGCCGGAAGAAGGGUCGCGGAAUUGCCCGCGCGGGCGAUCUGAUGAGCAGUCUCCCCCCGGAAAUGAGAGCGGAAAACAUGAUGUGCUACAUUGGUCAUGAGGGAACAUACACGCCAUCGCACAGAGAAAUGUGCGCUUCAUUGGGGCAAAAUAUCAUGGUCCACGCAUCCGCAACAGUUGGGGAGGAUGGAAAACCCGAAAAACCCGGCUCCUCCAUCUGGUUCAUGACCGAGACAAAGGACCGACACAUGGUUUCUGAGUAUUGGCUCUCUGUCCUCGGCCACGACAUCGAGGUCGAGAAUCAUUUUGCCCAGGUCGCCGCCUGGAAGAGAGCCCCGUUCCAGAAGUACGUCGUAGAACAGCGCCCAGGCGAUUUCAUCUUGAUUCCCCCCAUGGCCCCGCACCAGGUCUGGAAUCGCGGCACAAGAACAAUAAAAGCUGCUUGGAACAGGACCACGGUGGAAACCUUGGAGAUGGCUUUCGAGGAAGCGCUCCCCAAUGCUCGAAUGGUGUGCAGGGACGAGCAGUAUAAAAACAAAGCCAUCGUCUACUACACCUUGCUCAAGUACUCAACUCUCCUGAAGCAGGCCAAGAUGCAAAGCGAAGCCAGCGCUGAACAGGCAGCUCGCCUCCGAUCCAGCUCCAAGGUCCGCCAGGUUCAAAAGGACUUCAAGCGUUUGUUCGAACUCUAUAAGAGCAUCAUCCUCUCCGAAAUGUUUUCUUCAGACUUGCCCAAGGAACAUCCCGAAUUCAUGCCCUUCGAGUCUUACGUCACUUGUGCUUACUGCAGGUGCAACAUCUUCAAUCGGUUUUUGACCUGCAAGGCCUGUGUUUAUGCACUGGGCACUGAAGCCGAGGAGCCCUACGAUAUUUGCAUGGACUGCUACGCAAUGGGGCGUAGUUGUGCAUGCAUCUCGGGAAUGAGCUGGGUCGAACAGUGGCGAUGGAAAGACCUGUUGUACAAGUAUGAAGAAUGGCGCAAGCAGUUCAUCGACAUUGACAAUGGUCGCCUACACGAGAAGACGCCCAUGCCCCUUCAGGAAGAGAAGAGAAGUCUACAGAAAAAGGCUCUCGCCCAGAUAUGCCAGGAGCAGCUUAAAGCCAGACCUUUCAAAGACUACAAAAACCCCAAGGGAACUGAGGAAGAGGAGAAGUCUGAUGAAGAAAUAAUUGUCAACGACGACGGGACUGUACGCCGGACGGCCAAGAAAAGAUCGAAAGCUUGGCUUGCCAGUCAUGCGUCUUGCCAUACCUGCAUUCACAAACAUCCCAAGUGGAAGAUGGCAAAAUGCACAACUUGCGACUUAUGGUUUUGUUACGGCUCACUCUUCCGAGCACACGACCUCAUGCCACAAACAAUCAUGGAGAACCCAAGAUGGCAAUGUCCCCAUUGCCGCCGCGUUUGUAAUACUGGUGCUUGUCGACGAGACCUCCGUCAACGACCAUACGAACCAAAGGGAACUCUAUUGGGCCACGACACCAGGAAGGUGGCCGAUGCGCGGAGCGUCGAGGCGUUGGUCGACUUCAGCGUGUCGAAUCUCAACUGGCUAAGGGAUGAAGAUGCGGGGCCUGCGGAAUCCGCAAGGCUGCGGAGGCGUCGCGAGGAAGCAGAAAGGGCAAAGCAAGUCAAUCCUGCCGAGGAUGACAGAUUCGAUGGCGAGGAAGAUGGUGGCCGCGACCCCCUAACUCAGAUCGAAUACUCACCUGCAGGCGAAGAAGAGAGUUUCCUAGAUCCCGCGCUCCGUUCCAACGAUGUAGCUCUACCUGGCCCGUCGGCAAUGCGGGACGGCGCAAGGUCACGCAGCCAAGAUGACUCGCUGUUUGUUGCUCGGGAUGAGGCGAACGGCAGCGUGACUGCGCCGUACCUCGAUGAAAUGGACGCGGACGACGGUUCCUUGUACCCUGAAUUGGAUGGUGGAGAAAGCAGUGUCCAGGUCUUUCGAAGUGCUACGAAGAGGGGCAUUGACGACACUGACGACCAGAUUAAGCUUGUGGCCAAGAGACAGAAGACGUCAGACAAGUCUAAAAUGCAGGCGAAGAGUGAUGCCACCCGGCAAUUCUUGAAAAAGAAAGAGAAGAACCAACUCGACCAGGCAAGAAAGGAUAAUAGGUACAUCCAAGUGUGGGGCGCUAUGAGGGGACGUAGCGUCAUCGCAAAGCUUCACCUUCCGAGUGAGAAGCUUGCCGAGUUCAGACGACAAGAUCUGGAGAAGCGCAAACGAGCGCAGCUCAGCUUGCACCCCGAUGCUCGAGAUUCAGCCUUGCGUAACGUGGCCAUCAUCCAGUCGGAUGUCGCCGGGCCUAAAACACCCGCCGCUGCGGACGGUGCCAUGAAAAAGUCCAACAAGGCAAGGAUAGCGCUUGAGGACGACGACGAUUUCGAUCUCAAAAAGGGCGAGGGCAAGAGGAGAGGGCACGUUAAGUUAAGAUAUGAGGAGAUUGACGUCGAUUCGAGUGGGAGUGAAGGAGCCGAUGGGGACGAAGAAUACCACGCCCCUCGCCAACGCCGAAGACGCAAGAACAGCGACGAUUUGGUAGAGCUGCCGGAAGAUUGGAAAGACGGGAAGGUCAAGCCCAAGAAGCGCCAGUCCAUGCCGGUCCGCACAAAUGGCGCCCAGAUACGACCUCUUGGGUCAAGACCAGCCCGUGCGUCGACUGGAGACAUCGAGGUCAUCUCCGACGACCACGAUUCCGAUCCUAGUGAUGAAGGUCAAGCCCAUAAGCAACCCCAACCGAUACCGCCGACGAAUAACGAGCAAACUACCAACCAAGUCGACAAACAGGCCGAAGAACAGAUGGAACACGAGAACGCCGAAGCAGAGGCCCGCCGCGCUCUAGAGGAAGAGGACAAUCGUCUGGCCAAACUUCAAGCUGCACGCUGGGCACGAGGCGAAGGUAAAGAUCAAGACGACGAAGACGUGGAGAACAAAAAUCUCGGCCAGCAAUUCGACGGCGCCAGCGAUCCUGUGUCCCCCUCCUCCACCCCAUCCGCUUCACCUCCUCCUCCUCGACGCGUGCCCACUGCGCCGAUGCAGACCAACCCCAAUCCCCCGGUCAGCAACGCUCCAUCUCCCGCUCCGCCACCACCGAGCAUCGACAGGCCCAGCAUAAUGACCCGCUUCGGUCCCGGUCGCGGCCGCGGAAAGAAGAUCAAGAUAGUGUCCGCUGCCAGCAAGCGCCAGCCCCCUAGCUCGGCUUCUUCGGCGCCGCCACCAGCCGGGCCCGGCGCCGAUUCUUCUGAACCCGCGUCGACCACGACCACGACGACAGCGACAAAGACGACUACCUCCACGCCCGCGCCAGGAACCCCGGCUGUGGUGACGUCUGGCUUCACGCCCGUGAACUUGAAGCGCAGGCACGCGGCCGUGGAGCUGCAACUCAGUGACACGGAUGAGAGCGACGACGACGACGGCGUCAUCCCGGCCAGAGCUGCGCAGACGCCGCCGACGAGAGGCGUGGCUGGGAGAGGAAGGGGACGGGGACGGGGAAGAGGAAGGGGGAGGGGGAGGGGGAGGGGGAGGGCCGGAAAGGCGGUUUAUUGA